UUAUCAACGUGUCGCAGGUAACGACAAAAAUUGGUCGCAGACGUUAUUCUGCGACUUUGUCUUACGACCGUUUUACUAAAGGUGUCGUAGGAUCGAUGUCGCUACAAUGUCGCAGUCUUUGUCGUAGACAAUAAAUCACGCGAGUCACAGUCUGUGUAUACAUUUCCGGUGACGUCAAAUUGUUGUCUACCACAAAAUGUCAGACGAUAAGGUCACUAAAAAAUCGAAGUGGAGCGAAGGGGAGGUUAUUUUGUUGGUGGAGGAGGUUACCGGGAAUGAGAAAUUGGGGAGAAAGUUUAGCCCGGACAACACAGCAGUUGAUAGGACCAGGUUUUGGUCUGAAACUACUAAAAAAAUCAAUGCUGUUGGAGGAAAGGAGAGGAAUGUAAAGCAGGUAGAGAAGAAAUGGAGAGAUCUUAAGAGCCAAACAAAAUCAAGGGAAGUGAAGAGGCGGACAGAGGCCAAGAAGACAGGUGGGGGAGUAAGCGAAGCGCCAUGUCUGUCAUCUUUGGAAGAGAAGAUACUUGGUACUCUACCAUCUUGUUCUUUGGAUGGAAUUCCUGGUGGGAAAGAUUCGAGUCUUGAUUCCAAUGACAGUAAUUCCGAGACAAAUUUGAAUGAGAUUUUACAGACAAGAUCAGGUCAGUUUAUAGGUAUACUGUAAAUCUAAAGUAUUGGCAUAUGUCUAUAAAUCUACAGAUAUUGCAAAUAAUUAAAUAAUGUCAGGAUUUAUUGCAAAUUCUAUACUGUUCUAAAACUUGCACAAAUGUCAUAAUUAAAUUUAGUACAAAACAGUUCUACAGCUGACAGUACAUGUAAGCAGUAUUCUUAGGCAUAAAAAUAUUUUGUUUCCCAGAGUAUCCAGACCCUAAAUGAAUUUAUGACACUGGAGAUUUUGCUUUCAACUGUGUAAUUAUUUCCAAAAAAGUCAGAUAGUCAUGCACCUGAUAAAAAAGUCAAAUCUAACUUCCCUGUUUGUUUAGCAUGUAAACAGAAACAAAGGAUUUUUAGACCUUCAAAGUGGUUAUAUACAACAAGCAUUUAUAAUUGCAGACAAGAGUAUAAAUUACUUUUAGCUCAUUUGUCAUAUCUUGACAAGGUGAGGUUUGUGAAAGCUAGAUGUUCGUCAUCCAUUGUGUGUCAACAAUUUGUAAAGAAAAUCUUCUUAUUCUUCAGAACCUCUUGGCAGAUUUACACCAAACUGCAUAGGAAUGAUACUUGGAUGGUUCCUUUUCAAAAU